AUCUCAAUGUUGCAGUUCACACAAUUUGACAAAACCAUUUUAAAUUAUUCUUUUUCGAGAGAGAGAGAGAGAGAGAAAGAGAGGGUUUAAGGCGAGAGGUUUAAGAUCGGCAGCCAUGGAGCACUUCUCCUCACAAGCAAACCCUAGCUCCACCUCCACCGCUUCCAGCCGCGCGAUGUCUCCUUCAAAUUCACUCCAAUCCGACCAAUCCAAACCCGGAUCCGAUCCCGCAGACCGCCCCGAAGCCCUAAUUCGAGAGUCCCCUGAUCCACCCAAACCAGACGAAAAAUCCCCAAUUUCGGAAGAUUCGACCGGAGAAGGGGGCGGCGGCGGCGAUGGAGAAGGAGUGGAGGAGGAGGAGGAGGGCGAGUGCGGAUUCUGCUUGUUCAUGAAAGCGGGCGGUUGCAGAGAGACGUUCACUGAUUGGGAGAAGUGCGUGGAGGAAGGGGAGAAGAACAAGGAGGAUAUCGUGGAGAAAUGCUUUCAGGCGACGUCUGCUCUGAGGAAGUGUAUGGAGGCGCACUCCGAUUACUACGCGCCGCUGCUGGAGGCGGAGGAGGCGGCGGUGAAGCAGCUGGAGGCGGAGAAGGAGAAGGAGACGGAGAAAUCGACCGAUCAAGCGGCGGAAGAGAAAUCGGAUGAUUCUGAGAAGAAGGCAGCGACUUGAAUUUGACUAAUACGUUUUCAGAUCGAUUUCAAUUAUGAGGUCGAGGUAAUUUAAUUGGGAGAAUUUCUGAGUUUCUUGAUGAUAGGAAAUUGUUAUCCCCGCAAUAAAAUGCACUGAAUUUUUUACUGGGAAA